AAAGUCAUUAAAGGAUUUAAAAACAGUGAAGACAAAAAAAUCCGAAUCAUGACCGGAUUGAGGUGGUGGACAAGUCUGCCAACUAUUACUAUUACUUAGAAUUCAGUUCCCAAGACAGUGAUAAACCCUAGCUAGUGAAUAGCCACCACCAAGCUUAAAAACAGACCUCACAAAAGUCGGAAUUGGUUUGUUGGUAGGAUUGAUUGACUACUACUCUGCAGAUUUCGUCCCAUUUGCAGAGUCAGAGGCUGAGAUUUAGGGUUUAGCAGAAGUCUGUAAAUGGAAGAAAUCACCCAAGGUGUCAACAACAUCAACUUGGUCGCCGAUUCCCACAAGAAUCGGAUUCAAGUCUCCAAUACCAAGAAGCCCUUGUUUUUCUACGUUAAUCUUGCCAAGAGGUAUAUGCAGCAGCACAAUGAGGUGGAGUUGUCUGCCCUUGGCAUGGCUAUUGCAACUGUUGUCACAAUUGCAGAAAUUCUGAAAAACAACGGUUUAGCUGUUGAGAAGAAGAUCACAACCUCAACAGUUGACAUGAAGGAGGACUCAAGAGGGCGACCAGUCCAAAAAGCAAAGAUUGAGAUAUUGUUGGGGAAGACAGAAAACUUUGAUGAAUUAAUGGCAGCUUCUGCUGAAGAAAGAGAGAUUGUGGAUGGAGAAGUGCAGGGUUGAAACUUGAAGAAGUUUGUUUGUUAGUUUGUGGUGGCCAGUUCUUAUUGUCACUGUAUGGUUAAAUGUUAAGGCAAAUUUGGUUUCUUACACAUUGUAGGUGUUGAGUUAUCUUGGUUUGUUUCAAAUAUUCAAUUUUUUUAUCUGAUUAAUUUUUGGCUUCUAUUUUCCCAAAA